ACCUGCUAGAUCGACACAUUGGUUCCACUGGACGGACGCUAUUGUUGUUUUGUUUUUCUGCCUGACUACUGUGAUGCUAAUUAUGCUAACUAAAAUAUUAAGAGAACACCCUCAUGAAAAACCACCAGUAUCAUAACCGUACUUCAGUAUAACAUGGUGUACAGCAACCAGCUUUGUCUGUGCCUACAAUAAGGAGUAAGCUAGAAAUCAGUUUGAAUUUGUUGUGACUGAUGACUGAAUCUGAGGGCGGGUUGUUUUUGCCCUGUGUCAACUGAAAAAAGGAGAGCGGAGAGAGUCAGUUUCUUCGUACCCUCAAAUAAAAAGAGCACCAUGUCUGGAAGCCAUAUCAUAUUCUCAUAUGGAACACUGAAGCAGGGGGAGCGAAAUGAAUAUGUGAUGAAAGACCCAAACAACGGGACAGCCACAUUUGUUGGAAGAGGCUGCACAGCAAAGAAAUACCCACUGGUUGUUGCAUCGCAGUACGGCAUUCCGUUCUUGCUCCUUCUUGAGGGACAGGGGUCGCAAGUGCUGGGAGAAGUUUACGAGGUUGAUGACUCAAUGCUGGCAUUUCUGGAUGCAUUUGAGAGUCACCCUGACUUUUAUCGUCGUGAGGUGGCGACAGUUCUGAUGACCCAGGACAAGAACGGGGAGAAGUUAGACCCCCCACAGACCAAGGAGUGCUGGAUUUACUUCUUGCCCAAAUAUAAACCGGAGAUGUUGGAGUUGCAGUUCCUGGAGAACUAUACCUCGGAAUCAAAGGAUCACGUGCCUUACGAUGAAAGGUAUAAACGAAAAGAGGAAGCUCGUGUCACGGCUUUACCGGACUGACGACUAGUGACAUGUUUUGCAGAGUGAUAGAUUGUAAUGAAUGAAUUCAUUGUUCUUAGGCUGUUUCAUAUGUUAAUUCUACUGUCUUUAGGCUUUUCAGUAAGUUUAAAUGUUUUAAUUGUACUUGUACCUAGUCAGAAAUUCUAAUUUAUGGUUGGUUUACAAUAUGUAUGGCAUAAUAGAUCAUAUUCUGGUUAAGAUCCAGAAAAUUCUCAUACAAACAAGGGAAGUUUGCUUUCAAUUAAGGGUCUACUUCGAUUCGAAAGGAAAUGGCAGAUGAGUUGUCUCAAAUAUUAUUUCAUGAUAUCAAAAUAAUGUUGAUAGUAUUCAUUAAAAAAUAAGGGCAGGUCGUA